AUGUUGGCUGUGGCACCAUACCCAGGCGGAGAAAGCCGCGCGGAGUUCUUGCGGCGCUCCGCGAAGGAGCGAGAAGACCGCGAGAGAAAGCGCAUUCGGGAGCUGGCAGCCACCAGAAUCCAGGCGCGCUGGAGAGGUAAAGCCACGCGCAAGGCAGUGACAAAUGAGAUGCGAGCUAUGUUUGAUGCUCGCAUGGCGGACCUGGCGAAGGUGGAGGGCUACCUACCACCUGAAAAGAGACCUGAGCUCGUCCUGACUGCCACGUUUCGACGUUACUU